AUGAAUUAUCAAGAAUGCRACAUAGAUCUUUCUAUAGCAAUUGAUAUUUCAAGGCGUAUUCAGCCAGCACCCACAAUGCUUCUGAAACAGAGAUUGCAAGCAUUCCUCCCCAGUCUUCUACUCCAGAUGAAAUCACUGCCAAAUACCAGCUGUAAUGCUCCAGUCAACAUUGGGUUCAAGUUUCAAGUAUUGUCACAGACCAAACAAUUACUCUUUGACUCUGGUUUUGAAGACUAUAAUGAAGAGAUCAUCCAGAAGUUCUUAGAUGCACAGACCACUGUGGACACCUACCUGAAUGCAGAAUUUUUGCAGGCGCUUGAGGAGAACUUCUUUAAUGUGACCUCUGCUAAAGUUAAGGUUCUGCUGGUAUUUUCAGAUGGGAUGGAUGAUUCACUGGAAGACCUCAAGAAAGCAGCAGACUCACUUCGUUUUAAAGGUCUUGAUGCACUUCUAUUGGUUGGCCUGGACAAUACACAGAACUUGACUGAAUUUUGGGAAAUAGAAUUUGGCAGAGGGUUUGGAUACAAUGAACCUCUGAGUGUUGGUUUUGCAGAUAUUGCAAACAUCUUGCAGAGAAACCUUGAUACUGUUGCAGAAAGAAAAUGCUGUAAGGUUAUUUGUAAAUGUCUUGGAGAAAAUGGUGAGCGUGGUGUCCGGGGAAACCCUGGAGAGAAGGGAAGUACAGGUUACAGAGGAUCUACUGGUCAUCCUGGUGAGGAAGGUGGGAUUGGGGAGAGAGGCCCAGCUGGUUUCAGUGGCACUCAAGGAGACAGGGGAUGUCCAGGUGUCAGAGGCCAUAAGGGUGCCAGAGGCUAUAGAGGAAGUCAGGGUGAACAUGGUGAGAGUGGAUUUGAUGGCACUCAUGGAGAGCAGGGAAAACCUGGAUUUCCUGGACCUUCUGGAGAAAAAGGCAGCAGAGGAAAAUGGGGUGGAAAAGGCCCCAGAGGARAACCAGGUGAACGAGGAGAAUCUGGUCUAAGAGGAGAUCAUGGAGAUGCUGGGGCUAGCAAUAAUGUUACUGGUCCUAAGGGUGAAAAGGGAAACGUAGGACGGGAGGGAGACCCAGGCCCACAUGGACUCCAAGGAGAGCAGGGAGAUGCUGGCCCCAAUGGUGCAGCAGGUCGAAGAGGCCCUCCAGGUAUAAAGGGUGAACAAGGAGAUCUGGGGCAAACAGGUUACUCAGGAGAAACUGGUCUUCCAGGYCCACAGGGCCCAAGAGGACCGCAAGGGAUCAGAGGACCUCCAGGACCACAAGGCUUGCCAGGCCCUCUGGGCAGUCUGGGAACUCCAGGUUCACCUGGCUCUGUUGGAAAGUUAGGUGCAGGAGGAGCAAAGGGUGAACCUGGUGACCCUGGAGAGAAGGGCCUGGUUGGACCACCUGGACGGAGGGGCAUUCCUGGCAUUGAUGGCAGAGAUGCCUAUGGUCCUGAAGGAAGCAAAGGAGCAAAGGGAGAAUCUGGAUUCAUAGGAUAUCCUGGUCCAGAGGGAGAAGAAGGAGAUCAGGGCAUUCCAGGAGCUGAAGGACCCAAAGGAAUUAGGGGUAGAAGAGGUAAUGCUGGCACACCAGGGUCCCUGGGAGAUCCAGGUGACCAAGGGCCAUCAGGACCCAUGGGUGCCAAGGGAUCAAUGGGUACCAUUUCAAUGGAUCCUUGUGAACUUGUGAAUUUUACCCGAAAAAACUGCCYGUGCUCAUCAGACACAUGUCCAGCUUAUCCAACUGAAGUGGUAUUUGCCUUGGAUAUGUCUGACGAUGUUACACCAGCUGCAUUUGAAAGAAUGAGGAAUAUUGUUACGUUAUUGCUGAAGAACAUUAAGAUCAGUGAAAGCAAUUGCCCAACAGAUGCUCGUGUCUCUGUUGUUUCUUUCAAYACCAACAUGCGCUACCUCAUCCGAUUCUCAGAAUUCCAAAAAAGCAACUUGCURCUGCAAGCAAUCCAGAGAAUCCCACUAGAAAGAUCCACUGGAAAACGAAACAUUGGGGCGGCCAUGAGAUUUGUUGCAAGAAAUGUCUUCAAACGYGUUCGUCAGGGCAUCCUCACAAGGAAAAUUGCCAUAUUUUUUGCCAAUGGUCCAUCUCAGGAUGAAGUUGCCAUCARUACAGCUGUGCUUGAGCUGAGUGCCUUGGAUAUCACUCCAGUGGUUAUUGCCUUCAGUGAAGUGCCAAAUGUCAGGCGUGCCUUUUCUAUUGAUGACACCAGAAGAUUUCAAUUAUUUGUUUGGGAAASACAACAGGAUGAAAAUUUGGAGGGCAUCACAUAUUGCACACUUUGCUUUGAUAAAUGCAAUCCAAGAACCAACUGUGAGGUGCCCUUUUCUCCCCCAGUUCUGAUGGAUAUGGAUAUCACGUACAUCAUGGACAGCUCUCGCGGCAUCAGCAAUGAAGAGUUUCAGAGAGCCAAAGACUUUGUGAGCAAUAUGCUGGAUCARUUUGUCGUUUCCUCACAGCCAAAUGAAUCAUAUGGAGGCAUCAGAGUGGCACUGGUGCAGCAGGCUCCCAGGGGCUUCCUGCCUGACAGAAACCAGACACCUGYGGCCUUGGAGUUUGAUCUAGUCACAUACAGCAAUAAAGAUUUGAUGAAGAAACACAUCCAAGAGUCUGUUCAGCAGCUCGAAGGGCCRUCAGCCAUUGCUACUGCUUUACAGUGGACAGUUGAAAAUGUGUUCUUUAAAGCCCCCAGACAAAGAAAACACAGGGUCAUAUUUACAAUAGUCGGAAGCAAAACAAGCACAUGGGACAGAGAAAGGCUGAGAGAAAUUUCACUCGGAGCCAAGUGCCAGGGAUUCACCUUGUUCACUCUUGCACUUGGCAGUGAUGUGAGUGACAAUCAGCUGACGGAGCUGUCAAGCUCCCCCUCAGACCAGCACUUAGUGACACUGGGCAGGGUGUCCACACCAGAGAUGGCAUAUGCUCAGAGGUUUAGCCGGGCAUUCCUAAAUCUUGUACAGCAAGGAAUGAACAGUUAUCCUUCACCUGAACUUCAGGAGGAGUGUGAAAACUUAGAUCGGGGAGACAUACAACAGGAAGCAUCUAUGACUGAAAGGAUACCUUUUCCUGGAAUGGCUGAAACUGGUUCCAGUCAGGUUUUAGCYGACAUGGAUAAAAAUGAAAGUGGAGUCAUGAAGAAUAUGAAAGAGAACGCCAAAGUACCUGUACACACAAUGCCAGAAAUGAGAGAUGAUUAUGAGGAGAAUGAAUAUUUCACAGAGGAAGAUGCUGAAAGGGAAAAGCCUCAAGAGUGUGCAAAAGCUCAGAAGAGCAAGAAAAACUUAAAAGCAACAGUAGAAACUAGAGGUGCCUGCAAUGAUUAUGAUGCAUGUGACCUUGUUCAAGAUAGCGGAGAAUGUCAGAAUUACAUUUUGAAGUGGUACUACGACAAAGAGCAGAAAAUAUGUGGUCAGUUCUGGUAUGGGGGCUGUGGAGGCAAUAAAAACAGAUUUGAAACACAAGAAGAAUGUGGAUUCUUGUGUAUAGAGUCUUCCUAGUUCAGAGACACUUAAAUUACGUAAUUCUUCAGUUAGACUAUCAGGUUGAUGUAGAAAAGUCAUUCAAAGAGGAAGCUUUACAUAGCCACACAGCUCCCAUAUUUCAGUUGAAAUACUUGAUCAUAAAGUUAUUAUCUGUUAACUUAACUGUGAAAAUAAAAUGUAGGCUAUUUCUCCAUUGAUCUAAUAUGUUUAUUAUUGAAAAACUUCUGUUAGCCAACAGUGCAUUGUUUAAAAGGCRUAGAAGUAUUCAAACUUGACUUUCUUCCAUUUAUUCAAAAACGUACACUUUCUGAAUAUACUGCAUAAAAUAAAACAGUGCCUCAGAGAUUUUCAUUAAAUAACAUCAAAUGCAAGACACAAACAUCAAAAUGUUUUGAYGUUUUCUUACAUUUAU